AGCCUCCCAAUCACAGGCCCUGGUCUUUAUGUUUGGUGGGAGGACCACACAGCUCAGGAACAAAUAUGAGGGGAGACUGUAAAGAGGAUGGGGUCAGACUCUUCUCAGUGGCAACCAGCAACAGUACAAGGGGUAAUAGGUAUAAAUUAAAAUAUAGGCACCCAUCUCCAUAUGAGGAAGAUCUUUACUGUGAGGGUGGCUGUAGACUUAGUGCCAUAAUAAUGUUGCUUGUUUCCGAUUCUAAUUUAUUUUCUAGUAAAUCCUGCCAUCCCAGCUGAUUUCUUUACACCUGGAAAUGUUUCAAAGAGCAUCUGAAGAUUUCUUUCCAAAGAUGGAAAGUGCUGUUGAAGAGAUGGAUACCUCAGACACCCAGUGGGGCUGGUUUUAUUUGGCUGAAUGUGGGAAAUGGCAUAUGUUUCAGACUGAUUCAAACAAUCAUUGCUCAGUUAGCAGUGAAGAUAUUGAAAGGAGCUUCAGAACAAACCCACAAGGAUCUGUUUCUUUUACUACAGCGAAGUUUAACUACACACUAGACUUUUCAGCGAUGAAGCAAACCAAUCUAACUACCCUUAAGCAACGUCCAAUAAAGCGAGCUCCCUUUUCUAUCAAUGCUUUCAGUUUCAUCUGUGAAAAUGAGGCUAUUCCGAUACCAUCGCACUGGGAAAAUGUAAAUACUGAGGAGGCAUAUCAGCUUAUUCCUUUGCAAAAGAAAACAAAUGAAUAUAAUGAAGUUUCUAGUCUCUUUGGAAAAACAAUGGAUAGCCACCGAAUUAAAAGAAUUAAGAGAAUACAAAAUCUAGACUUGUGGGAGUUUUUUUGCAGGAAAAAAGCACAACUGAAGAAGAAAAGAGGUGUCCCCACUAUUAAUGAGCAGAUGUUAUUUCAUGGGACCAGUAAUGAAUUUGUAGAAGCAAUAUGUAUUCAUAACUUUGACUGGAGAAUAAAUGGCAUGCAUGCUGCUGUAUAUGGAAAAGGGACCUACUUUGCAAGAGAUGCGUUAUAUUCUAGUCGUUUCUGCAAAGAAGACAUAAAGCAUGGAGAUACUUUCCAAAUUCAUGGUGUGAAUCUGCAACCUCAUCUGCAUAGACCUGAUAAAGUCAUGUUUCUUGCUCGUGUAUUAACUGGUGACUAUAUCAAUGGUGAUUCAAAAUACAUGAGGCCUCCUUCGAGAGAUGGAAGUUUUGUGAACUUGUAUGACAGCUGUGUGGAUAAUACCUGGAACCCAAAGAUCUUUGUUAUCUUUGAUGCCAACCAAAUCUAUCCUGAGUAUUUAAUAGAGUUCUGUUAAGUUUGAAAGGAGCUGAACUGCAUAUUUGUUUGUGUCUUUUUUGGUAUUUUGUUUCUCUUGCAAAGAUGAUAAUACAAAAACAUGAAGAAUGAGAGAGGUGAAGGAGGGGAAAAGCAUAUCUGGGGAGCGACCUGUUACGUAUUUAAAAGAUGUUGUGUAACUCCUUUUAAAAUCUGUAAAUAAACUUUACUGAUACUGAUACCUUUUUCAAAUGUAGGGCUUAUAACAUUUGAAAUUGCUUAGAGAGCCUUAAAUAAAUUGGGUGUUGUUAAGUUUUCAAAGACAAGAUUUAUGACCUGUUUUUUUAAAGUAUAUUGCAAGUAUUUAUUCAUAUGGUAGAUGAUACAGUAUGCAUAUAAGUGAAAUCUUUUAUAAAGAUGGUCUUUAUAAUUCAAAACAAAGAACUGCACAGAGGACUUGACGAUAUAUAUGUGUGUGUGUAUGUAUGUUUAUUGUGUAGUACAUGCUGGUUUGCAUUUGGAGAUGUUAGUGUGAAAUCUAAACCAACAAAAAAAGAAAGGACCUAAAGUUCACCCAAGCUGUUAUAUUUAACUUAACGUACUCGAUUCUACUUCAAAUUUACUUGCGAAAUUACAGAACUCUUAAAAGUUGAUUUUUUUUUGACAGAAAUGAUGCCCUAGCGUCGUCGUCGUUGUUACUUGUUUAGGUGUAUAACAGUUUACCUCAGUACUGAGAUCUCAGCCGUUAAAUGCCCUUGACUUUUGUUCCACAGAUGGGUUUUUUU